CGUCUCCUUCGUCCUCCUCUCCGUGUUGUUGUUCUCGGUGACGCGACGGAGGUGUAGCCUGACGCGGUCUCUUACGUGUCGGUCUGAAUAAAAGUGGAGCUCCGUAGACCCGGGAGUGACGAAGCGAGUCUGUGUUGAGCCAACAAAGAGAUCAUGGCGGCGGUGUUGCAGAGGCUGACAAAAUGAGUCAGUCUCUGCGAGGCUGGCUCAGCUGAUAGAGAUGACCAUGGAAGCGGGAACAGAGACGCAGCAAAGCAGCGAAACGGAGCCAGAGACACAGCAGAUUACCCUGACGCAGGCGUCUUUAACGGCAGGUCAAGUUUCCUCCAACAGUCCCACGGUCACCCUGGUUCAGCUACCGAACGGUCAAACGGUGCAGGUGCACGGAGUGAUCCAAGCCGCUCAGCCUUCGGUUAUUCAGUCGCCACAGGUCCAAACGGUUCAGAUUUCAACAGUUGCCGAAAGCGAAGACUCCCAGGAGUCGGUUGACAGCGUCACCGACUCUCAAAAGAGGAGGGAGAUUCUGUCCAGGCGGCCAUCAUACAGGAAAAUUCUGAACGAUUUGUCAUCCGACGCCCCUGCGGUUCCUCGAAUUGAAGAGGAGAAAUCAGAAGACGACUCGACUCCAGCCAUCACCACGGUCACCAUGCCAACCCCCAUUUAUCAAACCAGCAGUGGCCAGUACAUCGCCAUCACUCAGGGAGGGGCUAUUCAGCUGGCCAAUAACGGCACAGAUGGGGUGCAGGGCCUGCAGACUCUGACCAUGGCCAGCGCGGCUGCAGGUCAGCAGGGCGCCACCAUCCUGCAGUAUGCGCAGACCAGCGACGGCCAGCAGAUCCUUGUGCCCAGCAACCAGGUGGUCGUACAAGCUGCUUCCGGCGACGUUCAAGCUUAUCAAAUUCGUACCACCUCGACCAGUGCCCUCACUUCUGGGGUCGUCAUGGCAACGUCGCCAGCGCUGGGGACGGGGGGUGGCACGGAGGAAGUGACGCGCAAAAGGGAGGUGCGGCUGAUGAAAAACAGGGAGGCCGCCAGAGAGUGUCGCCGGAAGAAGAAGGAGUAUGUGAAGUGUCUGGAGAACCGUGUCGCCGUGUUGGAGAAUCAAAACAAAACCCUCAUCGAGGAACUAAAAGCUCUCAAAGACUUGUACUGCCACAAAUCCGAGUAAAAACAAAAAACAUCAACACACACCUGCUGGAAGGGGGGUGGGUGGGCGGGGCUUGACAGGCACCUCCCCUCCCGUCAUAAACAGUGACUCAGGACAGAGCCAAGCAUCUGGACGCCACUCCUCCUUUUUCUACAACUUUCUUUUUAAAAACUGUAAAGAAUCCCACCGAGGACGAACCAGACGAGAUUCCCGUCAAAAAGGGGGAACGCCGGCGGUUUCACUCUGGCACCGGUCACGCAGCUUCCUUCGGAUUCACGCAUUAACAUUCGUUACGCUUUCAACUGUAGGUCGGCUGUUUUAUCUCACCUGUAUUUCGGUAAAAUAUUUCAUCCUAUAAUUUCUUGUUUUUAUUUUUUGGAUUUUACUUUACAUUUAUUAUGUUUUCGGCACGAACAAAUAGAAAAAAAAUCGAGGCUUUUUUUUAAGCGUAAAGAUGCUAAUCAACGACUUAAAUUGAUGAAAUGUUACAACAAGACCCUCCAGGAAACACAAAGAGACAUGGAAACAACCUGUUUUGUUUUCUUUUUAUAUUGUGGAUUUUUAAACUUUUUUUUUUUUUUGAUUCUUUACGAACUAAUGAGCCUUAACAAGCAGCCAAAAAAAAAAAAGAUUUCUGAGAGCUGUAAUCGUAUGUUGCUAUAUUCUAAAGUCUAUAUUUGAGAGAGUACUGAUACCUAGAUCUAUAUUUUGCGAACUCUUCCUCCAAAAAUUGCAUUUGUUGGACAAAAAAUGGGCACUUUCUUUGCAUUUACAAUCCUCAUUUCAACACCAACAGGCUCUUACUCGAUCGGACAUCUGCGAUUAAAAAUUUGUACGAAAGGAUUGUAAAGUUUGACCAAAUCGGCGAAAAAUAA